GGCCACUAACCAAUUGUUCACAAAGGAGGAACGAUUACCAGCGCUUGCUAGAGCAGACCAGAAGCACAAAAGGAAUGCCCGUUGAGCAAUCUUGUUAGUCACAGCAAUUCUUCCACUAUUCGCGAAGCAACAACAGACAACCAAGCCCGGGCCUCUCGGUCGCGUUACCCGGCAGCAUGUAUAUAAAGUGGGGCGGCCUUCGCGGCCGAUGACAUCGAAGUGACCGGAAACUACCCGCGCGCGCGCCUUCCCAUUUUUUCAUGCGACGGCCUGGGCAGCCUACGUAGCUGCACCCAAGGCGAACCCACUUUGCCGCCAACCUUCGACCGGAGCUCAAUCUUCUUCAUCCGACACCACCUCGUCGCGACCUCAUCCACUCUUGCGCCAUCUUUCCCAUUUUGACCAGGUUCUGAUCCCAUAUUCCCCUUGUUUCACAUCUAUCUCGACAGCGUAUCCAACAUGUCUCGAGGCGGCACCACGCUCUACGUGACCGGCUUCAGCCACGGCACGCGUGCUCGCGACCUCGCAUACGAAUUCGAACGCUAUGGCCGCCUUGUCCGUUGUGACAUUCCGGCACCUCGCUCUGCGAGCAGCAGACUCUUCGCGUUCGUCGAAUACGAGGAUCGCCGUGAUGCUGACGAUGCCUAUUACGAGAUGCAUAACAAGCGUCUCGGCCGUGAUGACAUCCUAAAGAUUGAGUGGGCACGUACUCCCCCGUCCGCUUCGUGGCGGUUCGAUUCUGGCAGGGACCGCGACCGCCGCAGAUCCCCCGCGUCCGGCAGCGGACGUCGUCGCUCGCCAUCGCCCCGUCGGAGCACGCGCGACUAUUCCCCUCGCAAGGAUGACCGUAGCGACCGCUACGAUGAUCGGGACCGUGACCGUCGGGAGCGCCGCGGCACACGCGACCGGUCUCGCAGCCCUGAUCGUUACAAGGGCUCUGUGUCUCCCGAUGGGAAGCGUGACAAGCGCGAGCUCACUCCUCGUGCCCACAGCGACCGUGAUUCCAAGGAGGAGCGGGACGACCGUGACCGCGACCGCGACCGUCACGAAAACGGUACCGAUGCCGACGACCGCAAGCCCGCUGACAGCCCGCCUCCUCAAAACGAAGACCUUGACGUUACGGAGUGAACGCAAUGAAACCAGCCGGUGCUUCGUUUGGAGGUUAGCCAAAAAAGUAUUCCCAUUUCACGGCCCAGCUUGGGUACAUAUGAUUAUGCCUGUCAUUGGUUCCGCGUUCACUAUUUUAGUUCCUCUACUUGUACGACUUCCCUAGUUCCACAUUUCGACAACAGAUUGCGCAGGCCACCGGUGGCACGGGUGAGGUAGAAGCUGUUUCUGGUUGCGAAACUGGCUGCUUUUAUGGCGCACUUUUAUGGUGCUUGUACAAAACUGUUUUUGCACAAGACUCGUAGCUCAAUAUAGAAGAAUUAUUUCGACGAUGCUGUCCGGUUCUGUGCUCUUCUUGAUGAGAAAUUUGGCAAUGGGGACGCGGUUGAAAUGCCUCGUGUUGUUUCACGGUGUCUGGGCAAGAGAGGAGGCAUUGGGGCUCACUCUGACCUGCUCCAAUAUCGC